AAUCUCAUAAUUUAUAGCAGCUUUAAAUGUCAUAUUCACGAUGAAAUAGAGAAGUCACCGGUUACGGUAACGCUAAAAAUUUACAGGAACCCCAAUUUGAAAUAAAAACGAUAAGGAUCAGAACAUUUCUCCGGUGAUUCUCUUACUGUCAGAGUCUUCCCUGAGCUUCAUUCAAUCUUCCAACAUCCUGCUCUCUCUGAGGAAUUGGAAGAAGAGGAAUGGGCACUGUGGGCAGGGAGGAUGAGGAAGCUAUUCUGAUGGAAAACCCUCAGAGGUUUUGCAUGUUUCCCAUUAACUAUACCCAAGUGUGGGAAAUGUACAAGAAAGCUGUUGCCAGCUUCUGGACUGUGGAAGAGGUUGACCUUUCACAGGAUAUAUGUCAGUGGGAAAAUCUUACCCACAAUGAGAAACACUUUAUAAGCCACGUAUUGGCUUUUUUCGCUGCUGCGGAUGGCAUUGUUUUGGAGAAUUUGGCUUUACGGUUCUUUAAAGAGAUUCAAAUUCCAGAGGCUCGGGCAUUCUACGGAUUUCAAAUUGCCAUAGAGAACAUUCAUUCCGAAAUGUACAGUUUACUCUUGGAAACUUAUGUAAGAGAUUCAAGGGAGAAAGCAAGAUUGUUCAAUGCUAUUCACACCAUUCCCUGCGUUGCAAGAAAAGCAGAAUGGGCACUUCGCUGGAUUGAGAGUUCUGGUUCAUUUGCAGAGAGAAUUGUUGCGUUUGCUUGCGUUGAAGGCAUUUUCUUUUCUGGAAGCUUUUGUGCUAUAUUUUGGUUGAAGAAGCGGGGCCUAAUGCCCGGAUUAACUUUCUCUAAUGAACUUAUUUCAAGAGAUGAGGGUCUUCAUUGUGACUUUGCUUGCCUAAUUUACAGUUUGUUGAGGAAGAAACUUAGUGAAGAAAAGGUCAAAGAAAUAGUUUGUGAUGCUGUGAACAUUGAAAGAGAGUUUGUGUGUGAAGCCCUUUCUUGUGACUUGGUUGGCAUGAAUGCUUCACUUAUGAGCCAAUAUAUAAAAUUUGUUGCAGAUCGGCUCUUGGUUGUUCUUGGGUACCUCAAGGCAUAUAAUGUUGAAAAUCCUUUUGAUUGGAUGGAUCUUAUUUCAUUGCAAGGGAAAACAAAUUUUUUUGAAAGGAGAGUGGGCGAAUAUCAGAAGGCUUCCAUAAUGUCAAGCAUAGGAAACAGAGAAGGCAAUCAUGUCUUCAAAAUGGAUGAAGAUUUUUGAACUACAUUAUUAAAAAUAUUUUUGAAAGAUGAAGUUAAUUUAUCUUGUAUUGCUGUCUUCGGUUGACUCCUGAGGACAUCAAUUGAUUUUGGUAGUUUUGGGAUAAGGAGGUAAAAGUUAGUUCUUCAUGUUGUGCAUGUUCAAUGUUUUUCAAUCAAAGACCGAGUCUCUAGCAAGUGGCAAUCACUCUUUACUCAGAGCAGUAAUUAUUUGAAUUUAUUGAGCUUUAUUUCUUUC